AUGUGCUUCUAUGGAUGGACCGUAUGCCUCACCGUCCUCUGUUUGAAUAAGGGGGAACGACACCAUGACGACUUGGUCCUCUUGGGUGACGCAGUUGUUUCACGAGUUACACUGGUGAAUUGGAUUGCUGAGGCAUUUGGCACUAUCGGUCUUGCAACUGGGAAGGUGUCGAUCGCCGCCCUUCUGCUGUCGAUUCUCGGGCCAACAAACUGGUUCUGGCAUAAACUCUACUUGUGGAGUGUCUGUAUCGUGCUAGCGGGCCUGAUUUCUAUCUCAUGUGCAAUUCUCGGUAUCAUUCAAUGCUCGCCGCCAGCGGCUCUCUGGGACAGCAGUAUCUCGGGCGUUUGCAUUGGCGAUCAAGUCAUAGCAGACUAUGGCGUGUUCAAUGGAGCCUUUUGUACCUUUGUUUAUGCAACUCUUGCAAUUAUCCCAUCCGGCAUAUUCUUCAAGCUACAAAUGACUUUGACGCAAAAAUGGCAAUUAUCAAUUGUCUUCGCUUUCAACAUAUUGUAA